UAGUUACUUUUUAGGGCUGAAGAGGUAAAACUCUCCAAUAUUUCACUAAAAAAGCAAGUAAACAAAUACAAAUGAGAGAAGCUGAACCUUCUUUUUUCUUCGUUCCAACACACUCCAACCACUCAGAUUUAUCUUGUGACCAGUUGGAGGGGAUCCCUGCCAAACUGUAUGUCAUGUAGUUCAAACAAAAGUAAAACUUAUGCAUUGAUGCAUCAGCAUUACAAUCUAAUAAUGUAAUAAACAACAAUUCAUAACUCAAAAUGGGACAUUUUCCUGCAGAAUGGGUCAUUUUACUUUUGAUGCUUUGAGAAUAUUCUGUACUUGCACUUAAGCAGGAUUUUUAAAUGCACUUUUACUGGAGUAUUUUUACAUUGUUUUAGUAGCACUGUCACUUUAAUAAAGGUUCUGAAUACUUCUUCCACUACUGUUGCUGACAUCCAGCAGCAGAUGAAACAUUAACAUAAAGUAAUUUUGUGUAGCCUGAACUCUCUAAAACCUUAGUCACUAGCAGGCCUAAAAUCCAACCGCACACAUCAUGUGUCUCUUAGCUGGUACAGGCCAAAGUCCUAUUUAUAAUGAACCUUUAACAGCAUGGAGUCGGGCGCAUGCGCAGUCAGAGCUGGAUUGUUGCAGCCCCAGACAGGGCGGCCCGUUACCAAGCAAGCACUGCACCGCGCAGGGUCUGACAACGACGACAGCAACGGGCAUUGACAUAAGGAAUACAGCCAGCGUGAUAACAACACAGACUCUCCUGAAUACAGUAGGGGAUGGCAGUGAAUGUGUACGCCACAUCCGUGUCUAUUGACAACCUCAGCCGACAUGACAUGCUGGCAUGGGUCAACGAUUCUUUGCAUCUCACCUACACCAAGAUUGAACAGCUAUGUUCAGGAGCGGCAUAUUGCCAGUUCAUGGACAUGUUGUUUCCAGGUUGCAUCCUUCUGAAGAAGGUCAAAUUUCAAGCCAAGCUGGAGCAUGAAUUUAUACAUAACUUCAAAGUUCUUCAAGCAGCUUUCAAAAGGAUGAGUGUUGACAAGAUAAUUCCUGUAGAGAAGCUUGUAAAAGGGAAGUUCCAGGACAACUUUGAAUUCGUGCAGUGGUUCAAGAAGUUCUUCGACGCCAACUAUGACGGGAAGGAGUAUGACCCUUUACUAGCCAGACAGGGGCAGGACGUGGCCCCUGCCCCCAACCCAGGUGAUCACUUUAUCCACAAACCAAAGAGAACUCCAGGACCACAGAGGACAUCUCCAACAGUUCCCAAAAACAUGCCAACACCACAACGGGUCCAACACAACACUCCAGCCAUGAGGAAGAAUCCAUCUUUGUCUAGAAACGGGGGCAGUGACGCUGAGAUCAUGGAGCUAAAUCAACAGUUGAUGGAGUUGAAGUUGACUGUAGACGGACUAGAGAAGGAGAGAGACUUCUAUUUCAGCAAACUAAGGGACAUUGAGCUCAUCUGCCAAGAACACGAGAGUGAAAACAACCCAAUCCUCAGCAGGAUAAUCGACAUUCUCUACGCAACAGAGGAAGGCUUUGCGCCUCCAGAAGAUGACGACCUUGAUGAACAAGCUCACCUGGACCAGGAUGAAUACUGAACCCUUCAUCCCCCUCCCCCCUAACAUCUCCAUCUUCCCUUUCCUUUACUUUUUGUCCUCAUUUGUUUUCUACUCUCUCUGCACGCUCUCUAUAAAUACUCACCAUUAUCCCUGCUCUCAGUAGGUCUUUUCCUUUCUUUCUCAUGUCUCUUUGUAACCCCCCCCCCCCAAACCACCCUCUGGCCGUCGACAUACUAUACACAACUACUCUUUCUCAUCAUCGUCUGCUGCUCCUCCCUGCCUCCACUGACACAAUAACAAUAACAGUAAUGUAUGUAUGACAUAUCCCAGUUAUUUUAGCAUGAGUAAAGCAGAAAAUCGA